AUGCAGAGAGGUCUCUGCGUUCACAUUCCCUGCAACUUCACUUAUCCAACUUCUGAGGAUCUGUAUCCUGCGAAAUUAUACGUCUACUGGAUUAAGAAUGAUUAUGUUGAGUCCUAUAUUCGCAACACCAGGCAUGAAAUUAUGGGUAGUAUUGUUGCCACUAGUGACAAGGCUCAAAGCAUUGCCUCAUUUGCUGGGAAUCGUUUCCAGUUGACUGGAAAUGCAUCAGAAGGUGACUGUUCCUUUAGCAUCAAUGAUGUUCAGAAUCAGGAUGCAGGGCAGUACUAUUUUCGAAUUGAGAAAGGACAGAUAAAAUUCAGCUAUCGUUAUUCUUAUAUUUUACCUGUUGUUUCUGUGACAGGUGGGCAGGGCCAGAAGCACACAUGGAUGGAGCCUCAAGCCAGAGGCGUAGGAAGGGAGGUGCGGUGGGAGUGGACCGCCCCGGAAGUCAUUGCUGAGGGGGGUGACAUUCGGACUCCUGUAUCCUGUUCCCUAGUUACUUUGGUUUGUGAAUUUUCUUCUGAUCCCAUCCUGGGGACUUUUGUUUUCUCAGAGCUGACAGAGAAGCCAAAGAUCCUGAACUCACCAGAGGUGGUUUUGGGGAAGAGCGUCACCCUCAUCUGCCAGGCACCAGGGACCUGCCCAUGGAAAGAAUCAUGGAGCCAGCCUCAGAUUUCAUGGAGUACUAGGUCAAGUACAAUAACUGCACAGAACCAUCAGCACAGCAAUGGGAGCUGGACCUUUGCUUCUGGCUUCACCUUCACACCCUCUCUGCAGGUUCAAGGCAGAGCCCUCACUUGCAGUGUCAGAUACCCUGCAGUUGGGAGAACAGUUGAGAAUAAAAUCCAUCUUGAAGUGGUCUACCCACCUCAGGACAUCAGAAUCACAAGGCCUGGGCACCCUGGUGAGAUACAAAACUCUUAA